CGACGCUUGCUAGUAAAACAAAACCAAAAAACAAAGAUCUGUUAAGGCAGAUACAAUCGUCGAGAGUUGAUUUUAAAUGCUUGCCGUCAAGAUUGGCUUGGGUUUCGUCCACAACUAGUAACGAAGCGCCACUAAUUGCACAGGUGUGUGUUAUAGCACCUCAGCAUGGCUGUGGUCAUCCGUUUGCAGGGUCUCCCCAUUGUGGCGGGCACCAUGGACAUUCGCCAUUUCUUCUCCGGACUGACCAUCCCGGAUGGUGGUGUGCAUAUUGUAGGGGGUGAACAUGGUGAAGCAUUUAUCGUGUUUGCCACUGAUGAAGAUGCAAGACUUGGAAUGAUGCGAACAGGGGGGUCGAUCAAAGGUUCCAAGGUCUCGCUGUUGCUCAGCAGCAAAACAGAGAUGCAGAACAUGAUUGAGUUAAGCCGUAGGCGUUUUGAAACUGGUAGUGCAGAAGGGUCUGCAGGAAAUGGCAACAGAUCAGGGCCACCUACGUCUACUGGGGGAAGUGGAAGGGGUAGCUUGCCAACCACUGCACAGGGUUUUAGUAAUACCGCUUCGACCACAGCCACCACAGCUGUUUCAACAAACGAGCCUGUGAACAACAAAAAUGCCCCAGCUUUUGCCUCUACAACCAUGGGCAACAUGCCUGCCAACUUCAAUAAUUUCAGCAGCCCAAGUCUUAGUGUGGGGUCCACUAUGACUACUGCCAUGUCCUCUUUAAGUUCUGUACCUCCUCCCAUACCUCCCUUGCCCACUAUGCCAACCUUACCACCCAUGCCACCCAUGCCAGUUCCACCACCAGUGUCCACUUUACCCCCAGUACCAGCUGUUAACCCUCUCACCUCAGUGCCUCCAGUCCCUCCCAUGACACACAUGCCACACCUCUCUGCUAUUCCUCCUUUUAAUCCAGGUGUUCCUCCUCCAGUUGGCCCUGUGACCGGUGGUCUUGCUGCUUCAGGUCCACCACUGUCUCUCGGAAACCCAAAUCCAAUGUUCCUGAACCCACUGAACCCUCUAAAUCCCCUCAGUCUCCAGGCUCAUUUAAAGUCAGCAGUGGGCAACCCAGAUGAGUUGUAUGUACAGCUUCAAGGCCUUCCUUUCAGUGCAUCUGAAAUUGAAAUUAGAGACUUUUUCCAUGGAUUAGGGGUUGACUCUGUUAGAAUACUCAGAGACAACCUGGGCAGAAGCAAUGGCAGGGCUUUGGUAAAGUUUUUUACACCCCAGGAUUCCUUUGAGUCUCUCAAACGAAACAGUGGAAUGAUAGGCCAAAGGUAUGUAGAAAUAUCUCCUGCUACAGAGAGGCAGUGGAGAGAUAGUCAAGGAUCAAGCAUAGGACACGAUAAACUGGGUAAUGACUCUGAACAUAAUCGGCAUCAUCAUCAUCAUCAUCAUCAUCGUGGGAGUGCCAGUUCAAGUUCCCCUUCAGGUCGAGAACGUGCUAGGUCCCGUUCACCUCACAAACAGGAAUUCUGUGUGUAUUUAAAAGGGCUUCCAUAUGAAGCAGAAAACAAACAGAUAUUUGAGUUUUUCAAAAACUUAGACAUUGUUGAAGACAGUAUUUAUAUUGCAUAUGGACCUAAUGGCAGGGCGACUGGAGAGGGUUUUGUAGAGUUCCGAAAUGAAAUGGACUACAAAGCUGCCCUUGGGUGCCAUAUGCAGUACAUGGGUAGUCGAUUCAUACAGGUGCAUCCCAUCUCAAAGAAAAACAUGUUUGAAAAGAUAGAUACAAUCCGCAAAAGGUUGCAGGGAUCUCAGGGUGAUCAGAAAGGUGGCUCAUCUGAGGGAGGAAGGGGUGCCAGAACUUGUGCUCACAUUACAAACAUCCCCUAUAACGUAUCAAAGAAAGACGUUCGACUGUUUCUAGAUGGCAUUCAGUUGUUUGAGGACAGCCUCAAAGUACUAGUUGACGGCAAUGGUAAUGGCCUUGGCCAAGCUGUGGUGCAGUUUAAAUCUGAAGAGGAUGCCCUAAAAGCUGAGCGAUUACACAGGCAAAAGCUAAAUGGCAGGGAUGCCUUCGUCCACUUGGUCACGUUUGAUCAGAUGAAAGAGGUUGAGAGAAACCCUCCCCCACAGACCAAAAGAGGACAGAAAGCACAAGCAAAUUCCCUUGCUCAUGCACAUGCCCAAGCCCAGGCCCAGGCCCAAGCACAAGCCCAGGCCCAGGCCCAGGCGCAAGCACAAGCACAAGCCCAGAUCCAAGCCCAAGCUCCACAUGCUUUUCCUGGAAUGACUGGGGAGGAGUUCAGUUUUCUUCGAAAUGCUGUAGGGAGCCUUGGUAAUGGCCCUCCUUUUGUCAAUCCAUUUGCUGCUCCAGGUAACGGACUGGCAGGUCCACCACCUCUGCCGCCAUUGGGCACCACUUUGGGCGAUGUUGCGCUUCCUGUUCCUCCACCUAUGGUUGGAGGACAUUUACCAGGGCCUGUGUUAGAGCCCCCUGUAUUCCGGCCUAGUGGAAGCAGUGCACCUCCUGGCUUUGUUGGUGCACCAGAGAGCCUGCGUGGCAUGUCACCUUUCGAUAAUGGAUCAUCAAGGAAGAGUACAAGUCAGAACCGUGGUGGGAGCCAGGGGCGUUCAGGAGGGUCUCAACCUGCUUUUGGGCCAUCCUCUGAAAAUCUCAGGGGAUCAUCAAGUGGUGGUCCAGGUACUCCCAGGCCAACCAUUGUCAAAAUCCAAAAUAUGCCUUUUACAGUCACGGUUGAUGAAAUAUUAGAUUUCUUUUAUGGAUACAAAGUGUUGCCUGGCUCGGUAUGCUUGCAAUUCAGUGAGAAAGGACUGCCCACAGGGGAAGCAAUGGUUGCAUUUGAUUCACAUGAUGAAGCAAUGGCUGCUGUAAUGGACCUGAAUGAUAGGCCAAUUGGUGCGAGGAAAGUAAAGAUCACUAUGGGGUGAAAAAUCUGUUUCUCUUUUUUUGAAACAGACAUACAUGAUUUUAUUUACAGAGAGUAGGGUAACGGUAGAUCUUAUUUUCUCUCUUUGAUACAACAUGCUAGCUAGGCUUAUCAGUAAAAGUAGUUUGGUUAGGAAGAAUGCUACAUUGACUAUAAAUGCAUGAUUCUGUUGUUUUUAAGAGGUGGUUAGUAUUUUUUUUGUUUUUCUCUCACAAGCUUCAAGGUGCUUGAAACUGAAGUUCAAUCAUGUGAGAGUUGAAGUGUUGUACAUUGUAUUUAAAAACAUAAGAAUACUUUUGCUAAGAACACAAUUGCUAUGUGUGUGCGCAAGUGUAAGCUGAUUGCUAUGCUGGAGCGUCUUUACUGGCAACCAUGUCUGAUCAUUAUUAGUUACUCUUUCUGUUAAUAUUCUGUACGCAAGUCAAGUUUAUUGAAGAUUUUGCACUUCUUUAUGUGUAUUCUCUGCUUUCUCAGAUGGGGUAUACACCCAGUGCUGCCGUGCAUGGUGUGUGUGCCCACACGUCCAAAUAUUUUCUUACUGCUCAGUUUUUCUUCAUUGGCUAUAUAAGUGCAUGUCAGUGUUCUGUCAAUGUAUGUUCCACUGCCAUUCUAAAGUGUAUGGGAUGAAGCUUACCUGUGAGAGACAAGAAGUUAAACCAAUGCGUCAGCACCCCCACCCACUGUAAAUGGAUUAGCAGUAAAUGCGGCAGCGUAACGUUUUGUAUAUGAAAGCUUUUCAUUCUUCUCUUUAUUGUGCUUUUUUCACAAUGUCUGCUUUGAUGUUUUUGCUAUGAUAUGCAGUAGCGUAGUUGCUUUUUUUCCCCUUUUAUUUUUCUUAAGAUGUCAGCUCUAAACAUUUCACUUUAUUUUGGUGUUCUGUUUAUUUGCUAUUUGUUGUUGUACAUAUUUUUUUUCCAGCUCAACUAUUUGUCAAUAAAAUGACAUUCCUGAAAUGAUGAAUCUGCAAGGUAUUGUAUUUUAUCCUGUCUUCAUUUCUCUCUUUCAGUCAACAAAUGAAUGAAUAAAGUUUGUUUUUCCUCUG